UUUGUGGCGUGGGUGACGGGAACGCCGCUCGGCAGGGCCGGGAAGAAAGCCCCGAGCCGUGGCUGCUGCGGGUGGCUGCUGGUGCCCGGCCCGUGGUCAGUCACCGGGGCUGGGAGCUGCACGGUGAUGCCGUUUGUCCUGACGGCUCAACAGGUACUGGAGCUGCAACCGGGCCUUUUAUUUCCCGGAGAGUGAGUUCUGUCACCCUUUACUGUGAUAACAGCCUGCUAUUUUCUCCACGCUGCUGCCGGUGAUUUAGGCACUUCUACCUUCUGCUUCCCCAGCACAGCUGCUGAGUAAUCAUCUAGAACGAACGGAAACAAUACAGGGCACCAACAGCGAGGAUCACCGCUGGCAAUCAGGGACAUGCAUCACUUUGAGGAAGAGUUAACGUGUUCCAUCUGCUACAGCCUGUUUACAGAUCCCCGUGUUCUGCCUUGUUCCCAUACAUUCUGUAGAAAUUGUCUGGAAGGUGUUCUUGAUCUGUCAGGCAACUUUUCCAUUUGGAGACCCUUGAGAAUUCUUCUGAAGUGUCCAAACUGUAGGAGCGUUGUUGAGAUUCCUGACUCUGGCACUGAAUCGCUGCCUAUCAACUUUGCACUGAAAUCUAUUAUUGAGAAAUACCGUCAGGAAGAUCAUUCUGAUGUUGCAACUUGCAGUGAACAUUAUAGGCAGCCGCUGAACGUUUACUGUCUUUUGGAUAAAAAAAUGGUGUGUGGCCAUUGCCUUACAAUAGGAAAACACAACGGGCAUCCCAUAGAUGACCUUUACAGUGCCUACAUAAAAGAGAAGCAGUCUUCUGGAAAAAUUCUUGAGCAGCUGACUGACAAACACUGGGUUGAUGUAUAUUUGCUUAUCGAAAAGCUGAAAGAACAGAAAUCCCAGUGUGAAAGCGUUGUUCAAGAUGAUAAAAAAGUAGUGGUUCUGUACUUUAAGAAACUUAGCGAUACAUUGGAGCAUAAAAAACAAGCUCUGCUCUCUGCACUGGAUGAAAUCAACAGACAGGUUUUGGAAGAGUAUGAUCCUCUCAUUGAGAAUUUAAAAAAAAUGAGGGAAGAACAGCUUGAAUUAAUGUCACUGAACACGUCUAUUCAGAAAGAAGAGUCCCCACUUGUUUUUCUUGAGAAGGUGGAUGGUGUAUAUCAACGGAUAAAGGCUUUGAAAGAGAAGCAGCUACCGUAUGUUAAACCUGUUGAGAUUUACCCCAGGGUUGGGCACCUGUUGAAGGAUGUGUGGUCUAAAACCGAAAUUGGUCAGAUCAACAAGAUCCUUACUCCAAAAAUAAAACUGAUUCCAAAAAGGAAAUUACAGAGCAAAAGCAAGGAAAAAGAAAGAGGAAAAUCUAAAGAACUCCUCCAGGCUGUAAAUCCUCUAACAGUCAUGCUUCUUUUUGUAAUAGUAGCCAUAGCUCUGUUUGCAUUUCCCAAACUGGUAUCGUCAUUUGGAAUUGAAACUGUUCCCACUUACAUUUCAGAAUUCUUGCUAUCUAUUUAUCAAGGUUUUUGUGCUCAGUUGCAGACUAUAGUGGAUGUGCUGUGCCGUAAAUUUAAUCUACUGGUGAGGUUUUUAGGGAUGAUUGUUCCUCUUUGGCUAUUUCAAUGAUUAAAUUAGAACUUACUGCAGGAAUCCCCAAGAUUUAUUUUUAAUUGACGUUUCUACUUAAUAGCUGGGUUGUUAAAACUAUACGCUUUUUCUUUCUUUUCCAUAUUCUUCCUUUUUCUGUAUAGGUUUCAUCAUUUAACUCUUAGUUAAAUGAGAAGAUUUAUAACCAAAAAGACGUGUUCAUCUGCUCGCACAGCAAGUAGGUAGGUGGUUGGUAAAACUGGAAGCUAGGCAGAAGUAAUGUCUGUGAGGAAGCUAUAGGCAGCCUCCUGAUUGUAAAAACUCUUCAACCCUCUACGUUUUUUUAAUGGUAACAUAAUCUAAUUAUGUUUUUAAUAAAAACACCACAACAUUAAAAGUUUAAAAAAAGCACCUCAGGCUGCAAAGUGGCUGGUCCUAGACAAGUCAGUCGGUUACAAGCUCUGGUGUACGUAAAGCUUGCAUUUAGUGUUUUAUUGACCUCUUUCUAAAGGUAAUUUAACUGACAUACCUGAUCUGUAGUCUUUAAGUCAUAUAUUAAUGGACCUCGUUUUCAUUUUGUAUGUUCCUGGUUACUAGUGCCAUGAUUUCAUCCUUUUUUAUAAUCUGUGUUUUUUAAAUCUCUUUUAAAUAGUUAUCUCCAGUUUACAGAGCAGUAUCUGCAGGACUUGUGGUAAAGUAUUGCAUGCGGGUUUUAGUGCCACCUACACACAAAUCGGGUAUUUAUUUAGGCUAACGGGGAAUUUGCAGCACUUCCUAAAAAGAGCCUUGAAUUUUUGCUGAAAGAAUUAAUAUGUGGUGAAAAUAGAUACAUAUUGCAGAAAGUAGCAAAAUUCCCUAUGAAAUCGGUGGUGUAAGGAUUUCAAAUGUCAAGAGCCCUUAAACAACUUGAAAAUGAGUAAAUUUUCAGGCUUUCAGCACAAAUAGUGGAGGUCUUUACCUUGACCUAGGAGAAAAAAUGACAGCAUUUUGUUCUGCAAUCAAAUAAUCGGUACCACGCUUUACUUCUUUUGAAGAGGUACUAAGCUGUGCUCAGAAAAAUUCACAGUGGCAGCAGCCCUUGACCUUCAGUUGUUACCGAGUCAGCUGUAAUCCAACAGCCUUUAAGCGCUGCAGAACACAGCAGAACACAGAGGAGUUUACAAUGAACUAACGAUUUAUAAAAACCAAAAAUGGGCUCUAUAUAUGUCUAAUUUUGACUUCAUAAACAUAAUAGUGUGUUUUAGGAUAGCAGCAUUCCUUGGGUGCUUGAUCUAUUAUUAUUUAAAAAUAUACGAGUUGUUUAAAUAGUGAUUUAGUUCUGUGGGUAGCCUUUCGCUACGUGACGCGUUAAAACCUGUGCGCAAACCCAAACUUGUGUGUUGCUACCAGCAGACACUGGUGGGGGCUCCUGCGAAACAGCAACCGCUGCCACUGACUGCAGCGAGAGGUGAGAGCCAGCUCAGGUCCCCGAUGUGAUGCUGGUGCGUUCCUUAAGCCCAAGUGAAGUCUGACGAAUACUGAUGUCCUGCUGUUGCUGCAUUGCUAAAAUGUGAAGUGUAACCGAAGGGCUGUUGUGUAGCACCCUUCUGCAGCUUGGGGGUUUCUGUUGCGUGGAUUGGACUGAAAGGUGUGAACAAGCAGUGCUCCAGAGGAGUGGGCCUUUGCCUGUUUCUGUAAUUUCGGUUUCUGUAAUUUGGACAUGCCUUUUAGCGUUACAGAGUCAAAUCCCAGUGAUACCGCUGGUCAGGCUUUGAAAUAGUGUGUAGGUGUAUCCUGGGACUGGAUAAAGCGGCACAUUGAUUUCCCAGUAACACUUUGGAAUCGGGCUGGUUGUUUUUCUCUAAAGCCCUGCUAGAAGGCUGGCAUUCGGCAUGUAAGUCUCUGAAAUCCUGGUGCUAACCGUAUGCCUACUACCACGAGGCUUCUUUUUUGACUUACCUGCCUGUCCUUUAUUUUCCUAACUUUUAAAAAUCUUAUGAAAAGUUUAUAACGAAAUUUUAUUUUUCCAGACAACACGAAUUUAUAAGAUGCCUUUAUCACUGAAACAUUUAGUACUUGUACUUAUGUACUAUCUAUUUUAAUAAAUGCACAUACAAAUAAAAUGUAUUCUUACA